GUCACCUCCCGGUUGCUAUUCUAUUUCACCACGAUCUCAGUGCAGCCAGUAAACAAACUCGCGAAAAUGAAGCUCAGUAUCAUAUCCCUGACCGGCCUGGCCGUCCUGGUUGCCUCACAGGAUGCAACUUCAACAACCACCCCGUUGACACCCCAGCAAUCAUGCGCAACUAAGUGUGACCCUACCGACAUAUGCUGCAAUGCCGCAUGCUACCAAGUGCCAUGCCCCAACAACGCCAUGGCAAAUGACACCACCGCUUGCGCAGCUGCUUGUCCUCAGGGAAGCGGUACCGCUGAUGACACUGCGGCCUAUGCUAGCUGUCAGCAGUCCUGCUUCAGCUCUCUUUUCUUCACGGGAUCUGCUACCCUUCCCAAGGUCACUGGCUCUGGUACUCAGUUCGUUGCUGAUGUAUCUGCCACGGCUACCGAUAGUAGUCGUAUCAUCCUAAGUGGCACUGUCGACACCCAUGCUGGCAAUGCCCAGAGGACUGGCUCUUCUCAGAGCUCUGACAGCUCGGCCACUACUACUGCUAGCAGCAGCACUGAAUCCGGUGCUGCAAGCCAGAUUGGAGUCCAGCUCGGUGUUGCCGGCGUUCUCGGCGCAGCGAUGGCCGCUUUCUUCCUAUGA